ACUGGAGAUUCCGCGGACUUUUACCAACGUGGAGAGAAAAAAAAAAAACGCAGUCCACACACACACUGUAGCGAGCGAGAUAGAGAGAGAGAGAGAAGAGAAAAACAAACUCUGAGGCUCAAAGUUCUGAGGGCGAGAGAAAUCCUCCCAUCGUUUCGAUCGAUCGAUCAUGCCUCCCGGUGCGAAGAAGAGAAAGGCGCUGAAGAAAAAGCAGCAACAGGAAUCGAUUGGAACAAGUACGAAGGAUAAUCUCCACGGAAAUGAUGAACAUGGAAGCCAAGAUGAUAGGGAAAGUGAUAGCACUUUGAGUUCCCCUGGUUCUCAAGGGAAUGAUGAAUUUGGUGUCACAAAAGAUCCAUCUGCUGAGGCUACAUCAUCCGCUUUGGUGGUGAAGGAGACUGCUAAAGAUAUAUCAGAUGUUACUCAGGGUCUAGGACCCAAAAGUGGAAACGUAGCUCCUCUGGAUCCUUGUGUUAAAGAGAUCGCUCCUGCUGUCGAUUCUGUCUCCAAAGUAGUGGUUUUUGAAAAUACUGAGACCUCAACACACUCACAUUUGGUCAAACAGACGUCUGAUGAAGAGAAAAAGUAUCCAUCUACGGGACUGGGAAAGGAUAAUGGUAAGGUGGCUACUCUUCCAGGGUCUGCUGCUGGAACAUGCAGAAAAAUAGAGUGUGUAGGAGAAUCUGAAGCUCCACUAUCCGCUGAGGAAAAGCGUCUUUUGUUGCCUGGUCCACAAGCCCUCCGAACUUCUUGGUUAAGUUGCUGCGGUUUGUUUGAUGCUAUGACAGGAUCUGACAGAUAAACACAUGUUAGUCUCGGUUUAUGAUUCUUGCUAACAUGUACUUUUCCUGGUUGAGGUUCUUAAUUACAAUGAUCUUCCAUGACCUGCAAUGUAUCCUGUGUUUAUAAUAUAUGAUUUCCUUGGAGGCUUGGACUCAUUAAUAUUUUACAGAAACUACUUCACUUUCA